GAUAUAUGCGGGGGCUGUCCGGUUUGUUGUCCUGCGGUCGACCCACUUUUCCACCCGAGCUUUAAUCGCGCCAGCCCGUUCCCGUGAUCCACGAUCAAGCGAGUCCCACGAUCGUCGCGAUUACCCCGCAGGGAAACUCGUUCGACGGGGAGCCAAGGGAACCGGAGACGCGUUAACCGUCCUUGGCGGCUUCAACGGUCCCCCGACGACGGCUCCGGUUUCCCCGUACCCGUCAUUAAUAUUAAUGCUCGUUACCGAGGAUAACGAUGACGUUCAACGGAGAUGAUCGAACGUCUGGCCGCGUUGCUACGCCCGACCGUUUCGUUCGAUCGCUCGGAAAGGGUUCUCCGUUGCGCGCCGGCUGCACCCGUCGAUCGAUCCCCUCGAACCGAUCGAAUCGAUCGGACGCGGGGCGCGCGGGGGACCUGGCAUGCCCGAAAACGAUUCUAAUGAUCCGCUCGAAAAACGGGACCGCAAAAACACCCGAAAAUCGCGAUAGUGGGGACGCGAUACUGUGCGCAGCAUCCGAACGGAUCAAUGAGCCCCCGAGUUCAGACUCUCAGAUCCACCUUCGCGCUCGACGUCGACGCUGCCCGCUCGUUCGCUGGGAAACCCGACAAGGGCGUGGAACACUCUCCAAAUGAACCGGACCAUCGGCCACGGGCUCGCGGAGAUCGCGUGAAUGAUCUGCAGCUGCCCUCCAAUCGCUCGUCCUGUUUCCCCCCUGGUACUCGAUGGACAUUCAUUAGACGCUGUGCUCUUGCCAGAUCGAAUCCCGCAAUGGCGAAACACGAAGGAGCCUUAUUAUCCCUCCUCUUGGUCGUCCUGAACGAGGUCUACGGUGGACUCGCCGCAUUCCAGGCCAACAAUCCCACCUCCUUUAACAUCGGCGGUGUGCUGUCGAACAAGGACAGCGAAGCUCAUUUCAGGCAGAAAAUCGACCAUCUGAAUUUCGACUCGAAUUACGUGAGCAAGGGAGCAACUUACACGCACACGGUGAUCGAGAUGGACUCGAACCCGAUUAAAACCGCGCUGAGCGUGUGCAACUCCCUGAUCGCGAAAAAGGUGUACGCGGUGGUGGUUUCUCAUCCUCUUACCGGAGACCUGUCGCCAGCCGCCGUUUCCUACACGAGCGGCUUUUACCACAUACCCGUCAUCGGCAUAUCCUCCAGAGACUCGGCGUUCUCCGACAAAAAUAUUCACGUCUCCUUCCUGCGCACGGUGCCGCCCUACUCGCAUCAGGCAGACGUGUGGGUGGAUCUUCUGAAACACUUCAAUUACAUGAAGGUGAUCUUCAUCCACAGCUCCGACACCGAUGGCCGUGCCCUGUUGGGUCGGUUUCAGACCACCUCGCAGAAUUUGGACGCGGAUGUAGAAAUUAAGGUUCAGGUGGAUCCUAUCAUCGAGUUCGAGCCCGGCUUGGAGAGUUUCACGCACCAGCUGAUGGACAUGAAGACCGCGCAGGCCAGAGUGUGUUUGUUGUAUGCUUCGAAAACCGACGCGAACGUGAUCUUCCGGGACGCCGCAGCCCUGAACAUGACCGGCGCAGGAUACGUUUGGAUCGUAACGGAACAAGCCUUAGAUGCGCCGAACGCACCGGAAGGUCUUCUCGGCUUGAAAUUAAUUAACGCGGAGAAAGAGAAGGCUCACAUCGAGGAUAGUCUACUGAUUCUCGUGUCCGCUUUGAACGAGAUGAACAAAACCGAGCUGAUCACAGAGGCUCCUAAGGACUGCGGUGAUUCCGGCUCCAUUUGGGAAACCGGGAAGAGCCUGUUCAGAUUCAUCCGCAAACAAGUGCUGCCGAACGGCACUACCGGGAGAGUAGCCUUCGACGACAACGGGGACCGAAUCUUCGCCGAGUACGACAUCGUCAAUAUUCAAGAGGACGGUGAACGGGUCUCCGUUGGACAGUAUUUCUAUCCAAUUUUGAACGCAGCCCAGAACAGCACCAAGAUGAAGCUCAUGGUGAACGAGUCGAACAUAAUUUGGCCCGGUCGAUUGCGAACAAAGCCGGAGGGUUUCAUGAUCCCGACGCAUUUGAAAGUGCUCACGAUCGAGGAGAAGCCGUUCGUCUACGUCCGCGAGAUCCCCGACGGCGAAUCUUGCCUGCCGGAGGAGAUUCUGUGCCCCCACUUUAAUGCCACCGAACACGAAAACACGAAAUCGUUCUGUUGCAAGGGGUACUGCAUGGAUUUGUUGAAAGAACUAUCAAAGACCAUCAACUUCACUUACAGCCUGGCCCUGUCUCCCGACGGACAGUUCGGCAGCUACAUGAUCAAGAAUAGUUCAGGAGGCGGAAAGAAAGAGUGGACGGGCCUCAUAGGGGAACUGGUCAACGAAAGAGCCGACAUGAUCGUCGCCCCUUUGACGAUCAACCCGGAACGCGCGGAGUUCAUCGAGUUCAGUAAACCUUUCAAGUACCAGGGCAUCACUAUUCUCGAGAAGAAGCCUUCUAGGUCCUCGACUCUGGUGUCCUUUCUGCAGCCGUUCAGCAACACACUUUGGAUUCUGGUGAUGGUGUCGGUGCACGUGGUGGCUCUAGUUCUGUACCUCCUCGACCGGUUCUCGCCUUUCGGGAGGUUCAAGCUAGCAAACACUGACGGCACCGAAGAGGACGCCCUCAACUUGUCCAGCGCGGUCUGGUUCGCCUGGGGAGUCCUGCUCAACAGCGGAAUAGGAGAAGGUACUCCAAGAAGUUUCUCUGCCCGAGUGUUGGGCAUGGUCUGGGCAGGAUUCGCGAUGAUCAUCGUUGCCUCGUACACCGCCAACCUGGCUGCAUUCUUGGUGCUGGAACGGCCGAAGACGAAAUUAACCGGCAUCAAUGACGCUCGACUGAGGAACACCAUGGAGAAUCUCACGUGCGCGACGGUGAAGGGUUCCUCCGUGGACAUGUACUUCCGCCGGCAGGUGGAAUUGUCCAACAUGUAUCGCACCAUGGAGGCAAACAAUUACGACACCGCCGAGGAGGCUAUCAGAGACAUCAAAAUUGGGAAGCUGAUGGCCUUCAUCUGGGACAGCUCUCGACUGGAAUUCGAGGCUGCGCAGGAUUGCGAGUUGGUCACUGCUGGAGAACUGUUCGGACGGUCUGGUUACGGGAUCGGCCUGCAAAAGGGCUCUCUGUGGGCGGAUGCGGUGACCCUGGCUAUUCUAGACUUCCAUGAAAGCGGUUUCAUGGAGAGCCUCGACACGCACUGGAUCCUCCAAGGGAACGUACAGCAAUGCGAGCAACUGGAGAACACCCCGAACACGUUGGGACUGAAGAACAUGGCCGGGGUGUUCAUAGUGGUGGGAGUGGGGAUCGUCGGUGGCAUCGGCCUAAUAAUCAUCGAAGUGGCGUACAAGAAGCAUCAGAUCCGGAAACAGAAGAAGAUGGAGCUGGCGAGACACGCGGCGGACAAAUGGAGGGGCGCGAUCGAGAAUUGUGUGUUUAUCAGUAAGCCACAGGCGGCCGGGAGGAAGUAGGAGCAACGCAGGAAGUUCUGAAAGCUAGUAACGACACGAAAAUACGACAGAUCUGAGCGGCAGUUUUCGCUUCUACUAGCUUUAGGGGAUGAAGAAUGUAGUCGGGCUUCUAUAAAGUUGGCGCAGGAUAGCAGAUUUCUAGAGAAUAAGCAAUCCUCCUCUGUAUCUUGCAUCAGUAUCGCUUUUAUUCACUCGGGCCGAGGAAUAUCCGAAUGCCAUCGACGAAUAUCGAGGUCUGCCGCGUCGUUUGAAAUCGUCGCGGGUUCACCGUCGACUGCCGAUCAAUUCGGUGAACUGUCAUUCGGAUAUUCCGUCUCCAGCAGCUCGUUCACGGCAUCUCAGUACUUGUAUCGGCUUUCUCGUACUUAAGCUUGGAAUCUUAAGCUACCGUUAGAAGUACAAGUUAUAAUCAUGGCUCUUUGAGUAAGCUACCACUUACGAGUAUUCGAACUACAUGCACUGACGAACUUAUUUAUGCUUUGAAAUACAGCGCGGCGUAACUCGUAAGUUUCAUAGAAUUAGCCGAAGUAAAAGAGCGAUUAUCGAUUGUACAGCAUCGCCGGUUCGACCGAGUAAUCGGGGGAAUUUCUCUUUCGCACAGAAACGGAAGACUCUGCGAGCCUCUAUAGCGGCCCAGCGGAGGAUUCAAAGCAACGGCCUAAACGACCCCACCACCGUCAGCCUCGCCGUGGACACGGUGGCUAGAUCCAACAUGGCGCCGCGAAGUCCUGGUCGCGCCUGGCC